AUGUCCUCGUCCCUAGCUCGCACCCGCUCGCUGCGGAAGCCGACGCAGGGCUCUUCGACAGACCUCCCCCCGACCUCGACCUCGAACUCGAACUCGACCUCGACCGUCAACACGGCAGCAGCAGCACCAGCACCAGCACCGCCGACGACGUCAACCCAAAGACCCGUCUCGCCGAGCAGGCUCCCAGCGCCCCGCUCCCUCGCCGCCACCCGCCCAACCACCCGCAGCGUCUCCGGCGCCAGCGUCGCCAGCACAAAGAGCGGCGCGUCCGACGCAGCGGCCGCGGCCGCGAAGAAGAAGAGAGCGAACCCCCUAUCCACGCUCCUCAGCCGCCCCGCCUCGACCCGCCAGACCCCGGGAACGACAUCGGCAACGCGACCUAGAGAUGCCGCCGCCGCCGCCGCCGCCGCCGCAGGAGGACCCCCCUCCGCGCCCCCCUCGAGAACGAACGCGCUGUCAGGCCUGACCAGGCCGUCCUCCACGCGAGAACCUGCGCCGACACGGCCACGACACCCCCCCGCCCCAUCUUCAUCCUCAUCAUCCACCCCUGCCGGCGCCGCCACCGGCACCCGAUCGACGACCGCAACCACGCGACCCACGACGUCGGGCGGCGUACCCUCCUCGAAGCUCACCAGCGCUGCGUCUUCGGCGACCUCGAGUCCCACAAAGGGCCACGCGCGCGCAAGGAGCGUCGCCACCCUCAACGGGAGCACCAUCCUCCGCCCGCCCGGUCAGCCCUCCGCGUCCGACCGCACCACGAGGUCGCGCCCGACGUCCCUCUACGGCGGCAAACACCACCGCCUCGUCCGCGCCUUCGAGCGCUGGGCCUCGGCCCUCCCGGACCUUGAGGCCGCCCGCGCCCGCGCCGAGGACCAGGGCGACCCGGAGGCCCUGCUCGACGCCGACUCCCAGGUCCGCUUCGGCGGCGCCCUCGACGCCCGCUGGAAGGAAGACGCCGCCGCCCUCGUCCGCAAGCUCGAGGGCUGGCGCGCGCAGCUGCGGGAGCUGGAGUACCGCGACGAGGAAGAGAGCGACGACGACGGCGGCGACGGCGACGGCGGCAAGACCCGGGUGUCGUCGCGGUCGAGCCUGGAGCGCUUGUUGGACGGCUGCGGCAGUCUGAUCAAGGACAUGCUCGACGAGCUUGCCGUCAUGGAAGAGAUCGAGGCCGUCGCCGUCGAGAGGGAGGCGGAGUGGAUCAGGAGGAUGAACCGCCAGGGAGAGGACGGCCGUGGCAAAGAUACCCCGAGAGCCGGCGCUGUUUGGAGAGUCGUCUGA